ACAUCCACACAAAGUAACAUAAAAUAUGAAGAUUGAAAGACUGGAGUAUGAAGCAGCCUGGACAACAAAAAUUGGGUUUGUCAGCUGCAUGGAUUCAAAAAAAUUUCCGUCCUAUUGUUCAAGGGUUAUGUAUUCACAGAUCCAUUUUUAAAGCUAUGAUGCAUUACACGUUAUCUUAAACAACUCUAGUAUUGCAACGUCCAAACCAGUAAAAAUAAUUUUCGAGGGUCAAUCAGCCGUAUUCUGAAAAUGAAUAUUUCCCUUCCCGCCUCAGUCAUGGAUUAUUCCCUGGAUUCCUCCAAUCCUGGCAAUGCAUUUAGUAUACAGAACGCUUCAAUUUCCAACUUUUACAAGUCGCUACCAAAUUCCCACAUUUUAAAGUGUUCUAAAGAACCCAUUAAUCUGGGCAAACCCAUACUAUUUAUUUCAGAACUGUUUGCAACACAUGCUGCACAUCGGUCUUCAAAUCUCGAUUUAACUAACACCGAUUCGAAGUAUUUUAAUUGUUUGUCAUCGAGAAGGAGCCCAGCGACUGCAGAGAAGCAACACCCCUUGGUAAAUUUCGGAAGAGAGCUAGCACAGAAAAUUAAUGGAGGUAAGCUUUGUUUGAGAAAUGCUAUAUGUAAUGCAAUGAGGCCGAGGCAGCAAAUGGUGCCUUGCUUUGGCAGUGUUUCUGCCAGUGGAGGGGAACCUUUGGAGGCCAAACAUGUAUUCCAGCUUGCUUUGAGUCAACAGUAUGUGUCAAAGAGGCUUCGGGGAGUUAAUAUCUAUACAGUCUGCAAUAUCAAAAAUGAAUUUGUUCUUAUUUCGGAUCCCAACAGUCAAAAGUCACUCGGGCUUCUGUGUUUCAGACAAGAGGAUGCAAACGCGAUCCUGGCACAGGUACAGCGACAACCUGGAUUAAGUCGGGGAGCAAAGGUUGUACCACUUUCGCUUGACAAGGUUUACACACUUAAGGUUGAAGGAAUCGCUUUCCGCUUUGUGCCAGAUCCUGUCCAAGUUAGAAAUGCAUUAAAGAUUAAGUCAAAAGACAUGUUAAUGGCUUUUGAUGGGGUGCCGGUGUUUCAGUCAGAUCUUGUGACCGUGUGGAAGAAUAAUCGACGCUUUUGCCCCCUCUACUUUUGCAAGGAAGACUUGGAAAGAGAUAUUCUAACCGUUGCAAGGACCAAAUCAAAAUCAUCUCAGAUAACCUCUGAGAUUAUGGUGGGAAGCUUGGAAGCUGCCCUCAAGAAAAUGAAGGAAAGUGACGUGGAAUCAGGAUGGGAUGAUCUAGUUUUUAUUCCACCUGGAGAAAGCUGCAGCGAACUUAUAGAUACGAUUCGUGUGUGAAUGUUAGAGUUGGGCAGAUAAGCAGGCCAGUGCUCCACCUUCAAGCAUUGCUGGAUAUAUUUGCCCCUUCGGUUAUCCCCGACUAACUGUUAGGUGUUCCAAAGUAUACAACAGCUUCUCUGAAUUUUUUUCACAAAACGUAAAACAAUGUAUCUCAAAUUGAGUUCUAGAUCGGUGUAAUGGGAUCUUUCAUGAUAAACAUGAUUUUUAAUACACGGAAGUUCUUUAUCCAUUAA